AUGCCGAAGUCCUUUCUGAUAAAACGCCGUAAAUCGGCACCGCCAGGAACACGGAACUGGGGGGACAUCCCCGACCGGCUCCGGGGAGACUUGUACGUACCAGAGAGCGGAGCGGCCCCAGCCCUCGUGCACCCAAACCUCAGCCUCAGCAGCAGGAGCGAGUGGGAUGGAGGAGACGCCCCCCAUCGCUUUCUCCAAAACCUGGUUUAUCCGCAACCACCGGCCGUGGGAAAGGAUCCCCCGGCCAACAAGGGCAGGGGUCUCCCCGCCCAGGGGGGCUUCCAGUGCUCCGUCUGCAGCAAACGCUUCCCGCUGCAGCGCAUGCUGAACCGCCACGGCAAGAGCCACAGUCCCGUCAAGAGGCACCGGUGCCACUACUGCAGCAAAGGCUUCAACGACACCUUCGACCUCAAGAGACACCUGAGGACACACACAGGCAUCCGUCCGUACCGCUGCUGCCUCUGCCAGAAGGGCUUCACCCAGCGCUGCUCCCUGGAGUCUCACCUGAAGAAAAUCCACCGCAUCCCCCAGACCUAUGGCUACCGGGAACGCCGGGAAAAGCUCUUCGUGUGCGAGCAGUGCGGCUUCACUUGCGGCACCAGUGACGAGUACUAUGGGCAUGCGCGCCACGGCCACUCCGCCGGGCCCUACCUGGGGGGCCACUUCCCUGAGCCCGGAGCAGCAGCUUUUCAGGACCAAUUGCACCUUCUGCUCAGAUAA